AGCAGGUGCAUGUGGGCCGAACGAAUACAUGGAUACCUGCCAAUGACGACCCUCUCUUACAGGUGGACACCAUGAACUAUGUGGGGCAGCUGGCAGGGCAGGUGCUGGUCACUGUCAAAGAGCUGUACAAGGGCAUAAACCAGGCCACUCUGUCGGGCUGCAUUGAUGUCAUCGUGGUGCGGCAGCCUGAUGGGACCUUCCAGUGCUCCCCCUUCCACGUUCGCUUUGGAAAACUGGGGGUGCUACGCUCCAGGGAGAAAGUGAUUGAUAUAGAAAUAAAUGGGGAACCUGUAGAGCUUCACAUGAAACUUGGAGACAAUGGAGAGGCAUUCUUUGUUCAAGAGAUGGAGCAGCACAAUGAGGUUGUCCCAGCCCACCUGGUGACCUCUCCGAUCCCCACAGAAGAGGCUCUGUUAAGGACUAGAGAGGCCAGAUGUGGCGGCAUGGGGGCAGAGGGCAGUGCGGUUCCAUGUUCGGGAGAAGCCUCCUGUGAAAACUCCCCAUCCUUCUCCAACACUAUGAGUAAGAAGAAGAAGAGGCGUCGAAGGAAACACAAGGCCGAACCACGAAAAGAGGAGACCAGCCCUGCAAUUGAGCUGGAGCUGGGAGACCUCAGCUCAGACGGAGACCUCAACUCACACAACGGGCGGACUUCUUCACUGUCCAUAAUAAAGGAUAAUAUAGAACACCGGCAGCACACCCCACUCACUGGGCUGGAAUGGGACAGCUACCCCUUCUCUGAUGGAGACUGGGCUCCCUGUGCCGAGUACGACAGAGACAUGUCCGAGUCAAUGUCCCCAAAGAGUGACUCGGAGCUCAUGGUGAAGCCCACAGAAAACCUUCUCCGAGCAGACACACACAUGCAGUGGUCCUGGGGGGAGUUUCCAGAGUCCACCUGGAACAAAAAGUCAGAGCCCAAGCCACUGACCAUAACUCCCUCAGAAAACACACAUUUCCGAGUGAUCCUGAGUUCUGAGGCCAUGGAGGAGGAGACGAGAGGAACUGAGACACCAUCAAACAACAUGUGCAAUAUUGUGAAACCAGAGCCUCAGACCGCUAAACCAGGCCAGCUGCAUAAUACUUCAUCACAGCCUGAGUAUUUCUGUGGCAAACCUACAAGCUUAAGUUCAAAAGAGUUUCCUGCUAACUCUGAUAGUCACUCCAAAACUGUGCGCAAGACACGCUGGACCUCCUCUCCCCCAAGUCGCAAGAACAGCGGAGGCUCGAAUAUGACUGGAGACUUCGCUGCUCUCAUAAGUCCUGACCCAAAACCCUCCCCCACAGACUCACCAGUAAAGAAGAAAGGAGUGAGAAAACGCAGUCAGCAUCAGGGACCAGAAGACAUUUAUCUGGAUGAUUUGAAUAAACUUGAUCCUGAUGUUCUGGCCCUUUAUUUUCCUAAAAGUGAGUCGGAGCAGGUGCCUAAACACUGGGUGGAGGGGGGCAGAUGCUCGGGGUCCCAAUCCCCUCAGUCGGUGGGUAGUGCAGCUGCAGACAGUGGCACUGAAUGUCUGUUUGAUUCAGCUGGAGACCUGCCCGAUGUCACCUUGUCCCUCUGCGGUGGCAUUGGGGAGAACUCAGAGAUUUCCAAAGAAAAGUUCAUGGAACACAUCAUCACUUACAAUGAGUUUGCAGAGAACCCAGCAAUAAUUGACAAUCCAAAUUUAGUGGUUAAAAUUGCAAACAGAUACUAUAACUGGACACUGGCAGCCCCACUGAUACUCAGUAUGCAGGCUUUCCAGAAGAACUUACCAAAGGCCACAGAGGAGGCAUGGGUGAAGGAGAAAAUGCCAAAAAAAUCGGGGCGCUGGUGGUUUUGGAGAAAGAGUAUUGUAAAGCAGUUGUCAACAGAACCCAAAUUAGAGAGGGAAGAGUCACUGACCAGUGAGAGCCUGGCCCUUCAACCGGCCCCUGAAACACAAUCCAAAACAACAGAGUGGUCCAGUGAUGAUGAGACUAAAGAGCUAAAUACUGUGGCUCCUGCUUUGACACCUUCUGAGCGUGUGCAGAUUGAGUCUGUGGCACUGUCCUCAGGGCCCUCCUAUAAGAAGUCGCUCCGCUUGUCCUCAGAACAAAUAAGUGGUUUGAAGCUGAGAGAAGGGCCUAAUGAUGUCACCUUCAGUAUAACCACUCAGUACCAGGGCACAUGUCGGUGUGAGGGCACCAUCUACCUGUGGAACUGGGAUGACAAGGUCAUCAUAUCUGACAUUGAUGGCACAAUCACAAAAUCAGAUGUGUUUGGACACAUCCUCCCCCACCUGGGGAAAGACUGGACUCAUCAGGGCAUUGCUAAACUCUACCACUCAGUGCACGAGAACGGUUAUAAGUUUUUGUACUGCUCAGCAAGGGCCAUUGGCAUGGCAGACAUGACACGAGGAUAUUUACAUUGGGUGAAUGAUAGAGGAACUCUGCUGCCUCAGGGGCCCCUCAUGCUCUCCCCUAGCAGCCUCUUCUCUGCCUUCCACAGAGAAGUCAUUGAAAAAAAGCCAGAAAAGUUCAAAAUUGAAUGCCUGACAGACAUUAAGAACCUGUUCUACCCAAACACUCAUCCCUUCUACGCAGCUUUUGGAAACAGAGACAAUGAUGUGUUUGCCUACAAGAAAGUGGGUGUGCCUGUGAGCCGGAUCUUUACAGUGAACCCAAAAGGGGAGUUGAUUCUGGAGCUAGCCAAAGGCAAUAAAACAUCAUACAACCGCCUGAGUGAGCUGGUGGAGCAUGUGUUCCCCUUAAGAAACACACAACACAAUGCCACCUUCUGCUGCCCAGAGUUCAGCUCGUUCUACUUCUGGAGGCAGCCAAUUCCCCCAGUGUGCUUUGAGGAGCUGGGCUUUUAA